CUGAAAGAUUCUUCUGGAUGCUUCAGUAGACUUUAAAGGGUUCGCACUCUCGCUCGGGCCGCCGCUGCCAUAUCAGCUAAAUGACACAUAAUUAUGCAAAACGGACGGCAGCGUUGGCGGUGCUGCUCCUGCGCCUCGCGUCGGCGACCGCCUCUUGCCCUGAGGGAGAGCUUCAGGAUGCAACUGCUGUCCGAGGCUUCUUCUUCGCCGUUGCAGAUAUGUCUUCCACUGAAGUAGUAACUUUAACAAGCACGACUACGCGCUUCGUCACGUGCACGACAACGAAGUACAACGUCGGUCCCUGUAGGAGCGGCAGGCAGCGUGCCCUCGCCUCUGCUGCAAACGGACGCGCUGGCCCUUCGAGGUAUAUGAAGGAACUCCAGCUUGAGAGCUCUCUGGAGACAUCACCGCUUUUCCCGAAGGACCACGCCGCUCUGAAGAAAACUUGCAACACCUUGACCAGCAAUGGCCCCGACGGCCGCGUCAUGCUGACCCUCGAGCGAAUCACCUUCGCCACGGAGACGAAGACCGAGCUCGUCACCGUAAGGGAUCCGCGAAGCACAAUCUCUAUCACAUACGACGGAUGCAUUCCUCCCGACGCCAUUGACACCUUCGAGUGCCCGUAUAGCUACGGCUACGGUUCCGACGAAGCAAUGGGUGAAGACGUCAGUCCUGUUAUAAGUUCCAGUGACGAUGCUAGCGUAGAUACCUCCAGAAGAGUGUGAGCCAAAUGAAAUGCAAGAAUGAGUUCUACUCUUUCCGUGGACUGUGAAAGCGACCGACCUUACUGAUAUAAACAUGC